CCGUGCAGCUGCAGCAACAGCAGCAGUGUGAAAACGAGUAAGGAGGCGAGUGUGAGCGAGAAUGGAGGUGGCUGAGGAAGAGGCGCCGCGCGAGCCGGCCACCUACGAGCACGCCUGCAUGCGGGCCGAGUUGCUGGGCCUGCCGCGGCCCACCCGCGAGGAGUACGAAGCCAGCAAAACGGCCAUCUGGAGUGCCAACUACGACGAGGACGAGUUGGAGGAACUGCAGCGGAGGCGGCAGCAAGAGGCGGCGGCAGACAAGGGCCACGAGGAGGCAGAGCUCGUCGAGGUACAGCUCACCGAAUUAGAGAGCCAAAAGGAGGAGAUGAAAGGCGCCAGUGGAGGCUUGGACGAGUUGGUGAACAUUUUGGCCAUCACCCAAGGCAAACUCAACAAGUUUAAGAAUGUCUGUGGCAGCAUAAAGAACUUGUUCAAAUUGCGCGGCGACGGUCAGGAGGGUAACAGUGACGGCGAGGCCACCGACGGCGAAGCAAGUGCUGCAGAGCCACACAGGCAGGUUGCCUCGGCAACAAACUCGCCUGCGGUGGCAACGAAAAGCUCUGCUCAAGGAAUUAGUUCGCAGCUCACCUCGCAGAAUGACAUUUUGGACAGAUUGUUGAGCAAGGCGGAAAACGCGGAAGUCAGUCUCAACAGCCAAAACAAACAAAUUAAAUCCUUGCUGCGAUAAAUCAUGCCAGAAGCCUAAAAUACACCCCACAGCGUAAAAAUCAAAUCCCCCGGCCGCCUCAAAAGCAACAUUAUUUCAAAGCUUUUGAUGUCGUAUUAAUUUGAGUGGUGCUUGAAAAAUAAAAACAUGUAACAGGGGAGACUUUCGUCUAUAGCCAAUGGUGGCAGCGGCAGUCGAUUAUGCGUAUGAUAAAAAAUGCACCCUUGCAUUUCAAACGAAAGCAGCGAAAUGCCGCUCGUUGUUGAUGUUUCUUGCAACUAUUUCAAUACCAAGCUGUUCUCUGCUAUGAGUUUGACUUUGAAUCGCAGUAAUCACUCGUGAAAAAAGUUGAUCUGUGAGAUUUGUUAAAUUUCGGUGGAAUAGGCUUGUGCACGAAUACGAUAUUACAAACACUUCUUCCAGAUUUCUACACAGUUUAUUAAAUUUAUAUUUUCGAAAAUGUAUAGGAAAAAAUAAAUUAUAUCAUUGGAAUAUAUUUGCCAAAAUCCAAGGUACGUACAAUUAACAAAAAUGUAGGAAAGAUUCUAAAUUUUCUUUCAGCUACCUUUCGUAGUGUGCAGAAAAAAACUUCCUAAAAGCAAUAAAGAGAAAAUAAAUAUUCUAAACCUAUUGUUGCACAAGUCUAUAUGUUUAAGACACGAGUUCAAAUUUAUUUAAGGAUAGCUCGAGAUGAACAUCGGCGUUUACAAUCAAACGAGUGGAGACUCCGCCCAGUUUUUACAUUUAGAUUUCGUUGUCAAUCACCAAUUUUUGAUCUUGCUAGUUGUUACAACACUUCCUAAUCACAAUCUAACAAUAUUAAAUGAUGAAAAACACGGGGUAAAUACUCGUGAAACAGCUGAUACUCGCUUUUACCGUGUAAAAAUAAAUAAAAAAUAUCGUUCGGGGUGAUAAAACAACAGUAGAAUAUUAACACCAAAGAAAUGUCAUCGAAACCAUUAGUUCUGUCUUUCAAAAGAUGUACAUUGUAACGCAUGUUCACUUUUAUACUAAUUGGUUGGUAGCACCAUUACAAAAAAUAUCAGGUGCAAUAAUUGUUAAAUUUCUUGUUAUCACGGUUCCAGUGUUCAAAAACCUUUUCCUCUCGUGUUUAAUGGAUUUGUAUUGAUUUUAUUGAACCAAAUAUGACAUAAAUAUACGCGCAUCAAUAAAUAAAUAAACAUAUGCAAUGAAAAGAA